UCUCACAGCAGCUUCAAUGUCUCUCGAAGAGUUUUCCAGUAACUACGGCGACGUGACUCUUAACGAGUUGCAAUCGACGGCGGAUCCGAAAGCAGGGAAAUGGAGAGAGGCUGUUGAAGGCAAAGAGUGGACCGAUGUGAGCGAUUUGGUUGAAGAGAUGGCCGGAUCUGAGGUUCUGAUCAGAGGACGAAUUAAUCGUCUAAAGUCUAGCAAAGUGUUGUUUUUGAUCUUGAGGCAAAGUGGAUUCACUGUUCAGUGCGUUGCCAAGCAAUCGGAGGAGACUGACGUUAUGAUUAAAUACCUCAAGCAGCUCAGUUGCGAAUCAUUUGUCGAUGUCAUCGGUGUCGUUGUUAUUCCCAAGGAUCCUGUCAAGGGAACUACGCAGCAGGUUGAGAUUCAAAUGAGAAAAGUGUACUGCGUCAACAAAGCCUUGACAAGAUUACCAAUUACUGUGGAGGAUGCUGCCCGAAGUGAAGAAGACAUUGAAAAAUCUCUUAAGGAUAAUAAAAAGGCAGCUCCUCGUGUCAAUCAGGAUACACGUUUGAAUAAUAGAGUGAUUGACAUCAGAACACCUGCUAAUCAAGCCAUCUUCCGCCUUGUGUGCCAUGUCGAAAAUUUUUUCAGAGAAAAAUUACUAUCCAAAGCUUUUGUUGGUAUCCACACACCGAAACUCAUGGCCGGUAGUAGUGAAGGAGGUUCUGCUGUAUUUAGGUUGGAAUGCAAAGGACAGCCUGCUUGUCUAGCUCAGUCUCCUCAGCUGCACAAGCAAAUGGCUAUAUGUGGUGACUUGCGACGCGUCUUUGAGAUUGGUCCUGUUUUCAGAGCAGAAGACUCCUUCACUCAUAGACAUCUGUGUGAAUUUGUGGGUCUUGAUGUGGAGAUGGAGAUUCACAAACACUAUUCUGAGAUAAUGGACCUUGUGGACGAGUUAUUUGUGUUUAUAUUCACUAGUUUGAACGAGAAGUGCAAAAAGGAACUGGAAGCUGUUGGAAAGCAAUACCCAUUUGAACCUUUGAAGUUUCUUGAAAAGACAUUGAGGUUAACGUUUGAAGAAGGGGUUCAAAUGCUUAAGGAAGCUGGUGUGGAGGUUGAUCCUUUUGGUGAUCUAAACACUGAAUCUGAGAGAAAACUUGGCCAGCUUGUAUUGGAAAAGUACAACACUGAAUUCUAUAUUCUGCAUCGGUAUCCUACGGCAGUUAGGCCUUUCUACACAAUGCCUUGUGCUGAUAAUCCUCUUUACAGCAACUCCUUUGAUGUCUUCAUCAGAGGUGAGGAGAUCAUAUCAGGAGCACAACGUGUCCAUAUCCCAGAAGUCUUGGAGAAACGUGCAGGGGAAUGCGGGAUUGAUGUCAAGACAAUAUCCACAUACAUCGAUUCAUUCAGGUAUGGUGCGCCUCCACACGGUGGAUUUGGAGUUGGGCUGGAGCGAGUGAUCAUGCUUUUCUGUGCACUGAACAACAUCCGGAAAACAUCGCUCUUCCCUCGCGACCCCCAAAGGCUUACACCCUAA